GUUCAACAUACAUAUUGCACAGGUAGGUAUCUUUCGACUCUCUCAUCAAUCUAUCAUCGAUUUCAUCUCACUAUUCAAUAUGCCCGAAAAAUAUGACGACCAUGCAUUGGACGGCGAGAAGAACGCUGUCGAUGUACAGCUCGGAGAGUUCAUCGACCCUGCCAGGGAGAAGAAGCUUCUUGCCAAGUUGGACUUAGCAUUGGUUCCUAUCAUCAUGUUGACCUACUUGGCUUGCUUUCUUGACCGGAGCAAUAUCGGCAAUGUGAAAGUCGCCGGUAUGCCUGAGGACAUUGGUGCAAGUGCAGAGCAGUUCUCAACGGCCGUUUCCUUGAUGUAUUUGACGUACGUUUUGUGUGAAACUCCCUGGGCAGUUCUGUUAAAGAAGUUUACACCCAAAUACACCAUCGGCGGCCUUUGCGUCGUCUGGUCUUUGACGACGAUCUUCAGCGGAUUCGUCACCAGCGUUGGUGGUCUCUAUGCAGCUCGUUUAGUCCUUGGUGCAUGUGAGGGUGGUCUCUUCCCAGGUCUGAACCUAUACCUUACCAUGAUCUACAAGAGAGAGGAGAUGGCCAAGCGUGUGGCCUAUCUUUUCGUUUGCACGGCUCUCGCUGGCGCCUUUGGUGGUCUCCUUGCCUACGGCAUCUUGCAGAUGGAUGGUGUGGCUGGCAUGGCUGGUUGGAGAUGGGUCUACAUCAUUGAGGGAAUAUUUUCCGUUGGCGUUGCCGUCGUAGUAUUUGUCUUCUUGCCAAACGACCCCAAUAACGCCUACUUCUUGAAUGAUGACGAUAAGCGUUUGAUGCAGAUCAGAGCCAGACAACGUGCGGCAUACAUGGGGUCUGAAGACUUCAGCUGGGCGGAAGUCAAGAUCGCCCUCACGGAUCCCAAGGUCGUCCUCAGUGGUUUGAUCCAAUUCUGCCAGGAUAUCUUGCUCUACGGAUUCUCCACCUUCUUGCCCAGCAUCAUCAAGUCAUUAGGCUAUGACUCACUUCAAGCGCAAUAUCUGACCAUCCCUGUCUAUAUAUUUGGUGGCCUCGCGUUCUUAGCUGUUGCUUGGUUCUCAGACCGUACAAGUAUUAGGGGCCCUCUUGUGGCGUUCGCAAACAUCUUCGGCAUAAUUGGGUAUAUCUUGAUCAUCUGUCCCACGCCGAAUGGUGUCAAGUUCUUUGGCACAUUCCUCUGCGCGGUGGCUGUCUACAAUGGACCUGGGUUGAACAUGAGUUGGCUCAACGUCAAUGUCGCACCACAAUACCGUCGAGCUACCGCGAUCGGUUUCCAGCAGACUAUCGGUAAUACUGCAGGUAUCGUCGCAGGCCAGAUCUACAGGAAGAGUCCCUAUGUUCUCGGUAACGCGUUCUCGCUUGGAGCUCUCGGUAUGGCACAGAUCUUGAUUGCUUGCAAGUGGCUGUACCUCCGUCACUGCAACAACGUCAAGCAGAGGAUCGCAGACGGUGCGGAAGACACCAGAAGGGUACAGACUGGCGACGCUGCUACAGACUUCAAAUACCACCUAUAGAGGUAGGAGGAAGUUUUAUGUCCAAUCAUGUUAGACGCAGCUCUUACGCUGUAACAAUAUAUAUCUCAUUUCACAUCUCGC